AUGGUUGGCAGGGUCUCUCGUUGCCAAUGCUUUCAAUUCAACGCAAUUCAGCAGCUCAGCAUGGCUAGGAUCAUUCAUCGAAACUGCUCUCUAUUUCAUCGGCGAAGAAAAACCGGUAUGACUCCUACUCCCUCGUCUUACUUCGCCUCCAAUUCAACUACUCCUACGACCUCCAAUUCUGUAACUUUUGCCAGCGUAGACGAUGCCUUGGAUUCAUUUAGUAAGAUGCUCCACAUGAACCCCAGACCUUCGGUUGUGAAAUUUGGUCAGUUGGUAAAUUCUCUUGUGAGAAUGAACGCCUUCCAGGCUGCCUUGUAUGCGUCUAGACAAAUGGAAUUAGCUGGAGUCCCACACAAUCUUUACACGCUUAGCAUGUUGCUUCGUUGUUUCUGUAAAUUUGGUCGAGUAGAUUUUGGCUAUGCAGUUUUGAGCAGAGCUCUGAAAUUCGGUAUUCAAUUCGAUGAUGUAAUGCUCAGUACACUGAUUGAUGGGCUGUGUAAAGUUGGGAGAGUAAUCGAGGCUGCAAGGUUGGUUCAUAAGAUUAGGAUUUUGGGUUAUCAUCCGGAUGCUUUUUCUUAUACCAUAAUUAUAGAUGGAUUAUGCAAGCUAGGGCAAACGAGUGCAGGACUUGAAUUGCUCAAAAACAUGAAGGAGUUUGGCUGUCAACCUAAUGAGUGGUCCUGA